UGACAUCGUGUGUCAAACUUUGACGUUUUGUGAAGUCAAUAAAUAACAGGCACAGCGUUUCUGUUUUUUGGGUUUGCGGGGGCCCAAAUGUCGGGCUACAAGCGGGUCAGCUUCUACGAACUGUGUCGAUUGUGCGCCUCCAACAAUCAGAAGGAUAAAACCCACAUAUUUCAAGAGGAAGGGCGCAAAAUACAGCUGCAAAGCAAAAUCAAAACUUGCCUGUCACUUUCUGUGUACGAGAAUGAUUUCCUGCCAAAAGUCGUUUGCUCGAAAUGUUUACAGAGUUUGGAAACUUGUUAUAUUUUUCAGCAAGAAUGUGUUGGCUCUGAAACAAUGUUGUCCACGUACUUUCGAAACUUCCGUUGGACUGAAGACUUUAAAAAGUCCGGAAAAGUAUACAUCAAAGAUACGAAAACACUGAAUCAACCAGAAGAAAAGCAACUACAACAAGCACAACAACAAUCAUAUGCUGAACCACAACAACAAGAACAAAAACAGAGUAUUCCAGUUGAAGCAAUUCCAUAUUUUACAUUACAGUUACCAACAAUUGUUACAAAUCCCUCUGUUAUUAAUAAGAGUCCCCCCAAACCUGAAAAUUUGGAAACAAAACUUCAGAACUUUGUGACAAAGAGUAAACCUGAAGUUUUAAGCAAUGUUGUUGUCAAUUCAAAUGGAGAAGUUUUAAAUAUUUCCCAAUUGUAUGAGUUUGACAAUACUAUUAAUCAACAACAACAACAGCAACAGCAACAACAAAUUAAAAGUAGUUCAAAAAAAGUAACCAAAAGAAAAGACGUGAAUAUUGAUGAUUCUGUCAUCAAAAUAGAUUUGACAGAGGAAACUUAUGAGAAACAAGUCAAAGGUGAAACAGUACAAAAGUACAAUUAUAAUAUUGUAAAGCCAGUGGAAAAACCUCAACAAAUUAACACUGUGAUUUUGAAUCAAGACGUUAAUUUUCAACCUUACUCAACAACCACAAGCUUGUACACACAACCACAACCAAAUUUAAAUGUAGUGAGCAAUCCAAAUGGUUUGAAUGUUGUGCAAGAAUCAUCGACUGUAAACCUGAACGCGCUAAAUCAAAUGUCCGACAUGAACCAGAACAACUACAGAAAUUAUUCGGCGCAAAAACCGGCGCCCGACAACAAUCCGACCGACGAGAAAACCCACCAAUGCGACAUUUGUAAGAAAUCGUUCAAACGUCGCGAACACCUGUAUCAGCACGUGAAACUCCACACCGGCUUCAGACCGUACAAAUGCGACAAUUGCAACAAGGCGUUCGGACGCAAGGAACACCUGCUCAGACACAUGACGUUGCAUUCGGGCCAGAAGAACUACAAAUGCGUGGUGUGCGACAAGAGCUUCUCGCGUCGCGACAACUUGCUGAAGCACAAGAAGACGCACGACAAACAGAGCAACUUCACGUGCGAGAUAUGCCAGAAGCAGUUCGUGAUGAAGCACUACUACAUCGCGCACAAAAUAACGCACGGCGAAAAGUUCCAGGUCGCGUCUUGGGAUUUGAUCAAGACUUAGAUUUUAGUACAAAUUGCGAGUUUCGUUUCUUUCGUUGAUGCUAGUCACUAGUAUUUAUUUUAACUUAUUUAUUAUUAGAUUGUAGUAUUUAUUUUGUACAAUAAACUGUCUGUAUGACGCGUGUUUUAUUUA